UUUCACAAACUGAACGCCCUGUCUUGACUUCGCCGCUGCUGUAUUAUAUAACUUUAACUUACUCAUGGCUUUAGCGAGCAAGAAGCGAACGCUGCGCCUCUGAUCUGACGAGUAACGCGGAUUAAUCCCGGGAAGCUCUAGCAACUGACUCUUCGAUUACUUUUUUUUUUUUUUAAUUCUGCCGGUGACGCGCAUGAAAAGUUGUUGACGGAUCCGCGAGACGGCGCACAGACACAGCAGCGACAUUGUUGCUCGAAAUACCGCAGAGACCGUUUCCCAACCGUAUGGAAUGGAGAAGGGCACCGCUGCGCAUUCUCUAAUAAUUCACAACCUAGCUUAAGUGUUUGAAGUGUCUUCGUAUGAGGGAAAUUGCGUCAUUCCUCUCACUUUAUUUGCCCUCCCGAAACUUGGGCUGACGGAAGAUGACCUAACCCCCGGAGUGCAUGUUUUUGUCACAACAGGUGAGAAUGAAGAAAUGGAUCAAGGGGAACUGAAGCUCAAUGGUAAUCAAGGCGGCAGCCUUUCAUAUGGCGAGAUAAGACCCGAAGCAUGCAGAGAUACUGGUGACUCAUCUGAUUUACUCUUCCAGUCCGCGAUGCAUCUGCCCGGUUCCAGUUCUGUGGCCCCAAAUGGACAAGGUGGAACUAAAGGCCAGGGGGAGGUUGGGGGCUUUUUUGAACCUCCUGAGCAUACUAUUCCAUGUGAGGGCUCUGAAGCACAGGGAGAUAAAUUGAUCAGAAUGCAGAAAUCAGAACAGAAUGUAUUCAGCAUGGGGGAAAACCUGACGCUGGUGAGCGAGAGUAUCUCCGAUCCCAAGCAGGCACCCACCUGUGUCAUCAGCGCUUCGGACAGGUCUGUACUGGGCAACCUCCCUCUGCCUGACCUUUUUUCACAGCACAUCAAGCAGGAGGGGAUGUUUUAUAUGGAUAAAGACUUUGGAGCUUACAGUGGACAGUGUGAUUUGGAUAGCAACAGUACUCCCCUGAUCGAUGAUGCAGAGAUCUGGCGAGACCUGGACCUUACAAGCUCGCUGGACGAAAUCAAUGCCUUGGAGUUGGAUUCAGAGGUGGCACAAUUGGAUACCUUCCUGCAAGACAGCAAGUGUGCUAGCGUUGAUUCUCCUAGUGGCUUGCUGAAGGAAACAAAGUCUCUCAUGGGCAAUGGAGCAAACUUUACCAGUGUAAACGGCACAGAGCAGCAGCAACACCCUCAAGUACACCAGCAGCCUCCUCUCCACCUGGCACAGCACCAGCAGCCUCAAACUCACCAUCAGCAGCUUCAACCAAUUCUCUCAAGUGUCGUCAUCAAGGAGGAGAAGGAUCCUGACUUCAUCCACAUUCGGACCCCUGGGGUGGUCAAGCAGGAGAAGCAGGACAGUUACUGCCAGUCACAGUGUCUCCAGAGUGGCAUGAGCUCCCUCCACGGAGGUGAAGGGGGAGGCUCCUUGUCCUCACCUGUAUGCAUGGGUGCUGGAUCUGGUUACCCCUACAGAGCCAGUCCACCCUCCACGGUCACCCUGCAGGAUCAGAAGCCUUUUGGCAUAUACCCAAACCUACUGGGAGAGAGGUGGAUUGAGGGAAAAGGCUACGGAGAGUCACCUGGAAAACCCAGCAGCAGUGAUGGACUGGCCUCUGCCUCAGGCUUGCCAGGUUUCCCUGCCAGCUUUUCCAAUUCAUCAUCCAGAACAGCAGAGUCCGGGGGUGGGGUGUCGUCUGGUCACUCCAAGCCAAGUGGGCAGACUCACAAGAUCUGUUUGGUGUGCUCUGACGAGGCUUCAGGAUGCCACUAUGGGGUUGUAACCUGCGGCAGCUGCAAGGUGUUCUUCAAGAGGGCAGUCGAAGGAUGGAGAGCACGACAAAACACAGAUGGUCAGCACAACUACUUGUGUGCAGGGAGAAAUGAUUGCAUCAUUGAUAAGAUCCGCAGGAAGAACUGCCCCGCGUGCCGCUUCAGGAAAUGUCUUCAAGCUGGAAUGAACUUGGAAGCGAGGAAAAACAAGAAGCUGAUCAAGAUGAAGCGGCCUUCAGGCUCAUCCGAGCCCGUCAACAACAACAACAACCUGCCUGUCCCGAUCAUACCCAGGAGCAUGCCUCAGCUCGUGCCCACCAUGCUGUCUGUGCUCAAGGCCAUCGAACCAGAGGUCAUCUUCUCGGGCUACGAUAGCACGCUGCCGGACACCUCCUCCCGACUCAUGAGCACUCUGAACAGGCUUGGAGGGCAGCAGGUCAUCUCUGCAGUCAAGUGGGCCAAGUCACUGCCAGGCUUUCGUAACCUGCACAUUGAUGACCAGAUGACGCUGCUGCAGUGCUCCUGGCUCUUCCUCAUGUCCUUCAGUCUUGGUUGGAGAUCCUAUGAGCAGUGUAACGGCAGCAUGCUCUGCUUCGCCCCCGAUCUCGUCAUCAACACAGAUCGCAUGCAGCUGCCCUUCAUGACCGACCAGUGCGACCAGAUGCUGAAAAUCUGCAAGGAGUUUGUCAGACUGCAGGUGUCCUACGAUGAGUACCUGUGCAUGAAGGUUCUUCUCCUGCUGAGUACAGUGCCGAAGGACGGCCUGAAGAGCCAGGCGGUCUUCGACGAGAUCCGGAUGGUCUACAUCAAGGAGCUGGGAAAAGCCAUUGUUAAGAGGGAGGAGAACGCCAGUCAGAACUGGCAACGCUUCUACCAGCUAACUAAGCUACUGGAUUCCAUGCAGGAGAUGGUUGAGGGUCUUCUGCAGAUCUGCUUCUACACCUUCGUGAAUAAAACCCUCAGUGUGGAAUUCCCAGACAUGCUGGCGGAGAUCAUCACCAGCCAGAUACCAAAAUUCAAGGACGGCGGCGUGAAAGCUCUGCUGUUUCACCAGAAGGGACUGCCUUAAACUGUGAAGCAAUGCCUUAAGCCCGCCCCCGCCCCGCCCACGCACCUCCCUGGGGUCCCGCCCCCUUACCCCCUCCCCCUGUUGGCUGACCCUGCCUCCCUCCACGCUCUGGUCCAGCUCUCUGGGCUCCUGUCGGAAGUCUCCGGAUCUCCAGGCCUGUAGCUCGUCCUCUCAGCUAGCCAAGAAAAAAAAGGAAAACGGGCUGAAGGUCUUUUUGAAUAUUUUCUUUUUUCAGCGCUUCAAUCAUAUAUUUGGUGUUUUCUUUUCGUCUGUCGGCCUCCUCCUCUCCCCGCCUCCAGAGUUUAGCCUGUUUGCACGGAGAAACCGCUUUCCCUCCCACAAGCUCAACGCUCCCACUUUACCGAUCUCGAGGCUCAUCAAGCUGAGUGGUGGUGGCCCCCACCUGCGCAGCCUCACCUGCGCAGCCAGACCGAGUCUUCACCUGCGCAGCCAGACCGAGUCUUCACCUGCGCUGGGGUUCCAGGAGACUAAAAAGUGCAGCGGUGAUGUGAAGGAAUGAAAGAGCUGAACGUUUUUUGCUUUUGGACUCGGACGGUAGAAGUGUUCAAACCGGCUUCAUUUGGAAUAUUCUGUAUUUAUUCAUCGUAAGCAGACGGCCACACGCUCAGCCAACUGUUUACAGGAUGCAUCUGAGGGAAAACCAGUGCCUUUAGUUCUGCAGCUAGCCGACUCUCUUCUGCACAAGUCCCAUGUUUAGUUUUCCCUGACGCUGACAUUUCGGUGUUGUGUGUGUAAGGAUGACGGCCUUUUGAGUGGAGAAGAAAGUUCAGCAAAAUCACAAGUCGACUCAGCGAGGUGUGCGAUUCUGCUCCCUUUAAGUGGGAGGUUGCCACCAGAUUCAUGUGAAAGAACAUAAUUCUGCUUUGUUGGGGUAAAUUGAGGGUCAGCUGACUUAAAUAUUGGGAUUUGGUCGAUUAAAUAACUCUAAAUAAACAAAGGUAAAAUAUUGUACAGCUGAAAUGAAUGGAGUCAGACGUGAAAUGUGAUUUUGUUUUGUUUUUUUCUGAGUGAAGACACUCCCUGUUCCCUCCUCAGGAAGCUCUGCAGACCAGAGCUGUUCAGCCAAACCGGUCCAGCAGUGAAAACCCAGUUUAACCCCGUACGUAACCCCGUCAUGCCCCGCCGAGAAGGAAGAGGAAUUUUGAACAUGAAAGCGCCCUUUAAUUAGCUGCAUUUACUUAUGAGGUACCUGAAAAGGUAGCAUGUCCAGGCUGUCUUAGUUCAUCUAAGAUGCAUGUGAGGUUGGACUAGUGUCCAGUCCAAAUGACUCAAGAAUCAAAGCUCAGGUCAGGAGUGAUUACCUCGACUACAAGUGUCUCAUUAGUGCCAAAUAAGGCAGGUGUUUACUUUAUUUUCCCUUAUCCCCCUGGAAAUAUUUAGGAGUUGCAAUUUGGCUUUAAUGUCUUUUUUUUUCCUCCGAACGUCUCAGAUCCAAUAAUAAUCUUUCAUUCUGCUGAGGUUUGGCAGCAUUUUGUAUAUUUGUAAUGUGAAUAAACGCUCACACCAGCUUAUGCCAUGGCCAAAACGGCACGUGUCAGCCGUUCAGCCCCUCCCUUCCCGCCGCUUCUGAGGUCUUCAGAAAAAAUACAAAAAUAAGCCGCUGUAUUGAUUUUUUUAGCUCUUUGCUCUGCAGCACUUAUUACUCUUGACAGCCAUUUGACAAACCAGGUAGCAGGUUGCCAUAGAGACCGGACAUCAUUUGUAUUUUACUUGGAGCUAACAGCACAGCGAACUCUAAAUGCAUCAAGCUGCCAUUCAAUUAAGAGCCAUGGUUUUUUCUUAAAUCCGCCAAUCGUGCUGAAGGGUCGUGACUCACUGCAAGGCCUUUUUGGGCUGACUUGACCCUGACGCUGCUCUUUCAUUUUUCCAGAGAAAGUUGAGCUAAGACCUAGUUUUGGUGACUCCCACCCAGUAUUACAUGUUCUCUCCAAGCGGCGGUGCUUCAGAAAACCAGCUUUAAAUGUGUAGAUGUACCCGUGUCCCGGCUCAUUUCCACAUGGCUGAUGGUGUACAUAGCAUAUCCUGUGCAAUGCAAGCAGUGUAUUACAAAAGAACAGCAACAUAUUUUUACAUGAAUCUAUGUAUACUCGGCUUUUUCUCUUCAUGUUUAACUAAAGGCCUUGUGAAAGGGAGACAGAGAGCCAUAGACAUUUGAAAUAAAAAGGUUUGAAAUCAGGAAAUAGACUAACUUCAGUGCUUUUGGAAAUGACGAUGUAAAAAAAACAAAACUAUUUUCUGUGAUUCUGAAUACAUCCGCUUUGAUAUGACUAAUCAUUUUUGUACAUUGAACGAGUCGAGUUUCUUCUUUUUCUUUCUGUUUGUUGUGUUUGAUAAAGGUAGACGUGCUGAAUACAUUAGGAAGUGUUAACCAUGUUUGUCUCGUGAAACUUAAUGUUAAUGCUAAGAGUCAGUACACGAAUGCUCACUGUGUUUGUGAGGAGGGAGGGAUGGAAGGACUGGAGGAGAUGGACGUUUCUUUCUUUUUUUUCUUUCUUUUUUUGCAUUAUACAAGAGUGACCAAAGCAGAUGAGAUGAAAAUGUUUAAAAAAAAAAAAACAACAAAAAAAAUAGUAAUCACGCAGUUACAUUUUGUAUAGCACUUCUGGUAUGCUUUCAAAUGUGUCUUUUGUAAAAGGUCUUAGCUUUGGAUCCCAUGUAUAUUGCUGUCAGGAUUUACUGGUCACUUUAAAAAGAAUAAAACCGAGAGAAAAAAAGAAGAAAAAAAGCAGAAAAUCAACUGAAUCUGUGUGAAAUAAAUCUUAUGAUGAAAUUGCA